UUGAUGAACAAUCAAUGUUCUGCUGCUUUUGGUUUUAACUUUAACAAUAAAUUUUUAAUGGGUGUUCAUUCGAAUAGAAAACUUAUUGAUUUCUGCAAAACAUUUCUGUGAAAUAUGGUUCACUUGACAUAUUGAUGUUAAAUAUUUAUUGAUAGCGGACCGCGUUGUGCGACAACUAAAUGUGAACAUUAUAAGAAACGGAUUUUAAUUAAUUUUCUUUAUUUUGUAAUGUGAUUAUACGACAAAAAUUGGUAUAUAUGUGAACAGGUAUUCUUAGAUUGGACUAGGCCAAGUGUUAACAGAUACUUUCAACUAGUUCAUACCUCUAAAACGGGGACGUCAACACAAAUAAAUAUGGGUGCAGAUGCAGACGAUGAGAAAAAUAAGGAUGGAUGCUGUAAAAUGUUCUGGAAGUUUAUGUUCUCACAUAUCGGACUCUGUGCUAUGGUGGUGUUAUACUGCGUGGCGGGAGGUUUCAUCUUUGAGCAUCUAGAGAAGGCGAAUGAAGAGGAAGUUUGUUUUGAAUCGCGGAAUGAAUAUAUUCCCAUGCAAGAUAAAACUCUGGAGAACCUUAAAAAAGUUAUUCUAGAGAACAAUCUCAAUACAGAUGCUAUGAUGAUACAAAUGACAUCGAUACUACAGACAUUUCGGAACAACUCUUUGGCCAUUGGAUAUGACGGACGUAAUUGUGACUGCUAUGGCGCGCCGAAUUGUCCGGUGUAUGAAUGGUCCUGGCCUGGGGCUUUAAUGUUCUCAGUCACAGUAAUAACUACAAUAGGAUAUGGUCACAUUGCACCUAAAACAUUCUGGGGUCGACUGGUAUGCAUUGCGUAUUCUGUGCUUGGAAUUCCCCUUAUGCUUUUAUGUCUCGCGAAUAUAGGUGAUAUUCUAGCAGAUAUAUUUAGGUUUAUUUAUGCCAAGAUAUGCUGCUGCGGUUGUUGCAAAAGGAAAUCAAAGAACAAGGUUGUUCAGAUUAAACCCAACUCACAAGAACCGGACUCUGCAUGGAACGACCGCGCAAAGAUUAUUCCAAACGCACAAGCGCCUAUCAACACAGAAUUCCACAAAGUACCAUCUAAAUCACAGGAUGACUCGACAAAACCCAAAAUCAUGCCUUUGGAUAUCAAGACAUUGAACAAAGCGGAACUUGCAAAUAGGAAUCAGGCGAUUAGGAACCAGCCUAUGAUACUUGAUGAUGAUAGUGAUGAUGAAGAUGAUGAUAUUGAUGAGAAGAAAGUCACUGUACCUCUUACAGUGACAAUGGUUGUCAUUGCAGGCUACAUAUUUGGAGGAGCUGUGUUGUUUGGUCUAUGGGAAGGAUGGGACAACUUACAAUCGGCAUAUUUCUGUUUUGUCACAUUAAGCACGAUAGGGUUCGGAGAUGUUGUGCCGGGUACCGACUUUGAUAAUCCGCAGGCGUCCGCCCAGCUCAUUCUCGGAGCUAUAUAUGUUCUCUUUGGGAUGGCGAUAUUAUCAAUGUGUUUCGCCCUCAUGCAAGACGAAAUCAUUGCAAAAUGUACAUGGGUUGGUCAAAAACUUGGAAUAAUGGACAAAUCAGAGAAUGAUCUGUAAAAAGUUAUAUAUUUCUACCAUUUCAUUUCAAAUUCUGCUGAACCGCUGAUGUCAAAUGUUGUUUAUUUGUUUGUUUGUUAUUUGCAUAUUUAAGUAGAAUUGUUUGUUUCCAUGGAAUCGAUUUGUUCAGUGUUUAUAUGCUCUUUAAUGUUUCCCUUUGUGUAUGUUGAACAAUGUUCCUUCAUCAUUGUGUUAGCAAUUACCCAGUGCUACUUAUUUGCAUUUUAAUAAAAAUUCAUUAUUAUUCAUGGGCAGAUAUUGUAACAUCUAAAAGACGGAAACUAAUUAAGUCUCAAAGCUUUGGUGAAAUUUUAUAUAUAUUUAAGGAAACAUUCGGCAUUGUUUAUGUUAUUGUACCAUCUAUAAUCCUAAUGUGAACUAUAUUUCGAGUGAGAGUAAAUAACAAAUUUAAUAGCACAAUAUAUGGCUUACUUUUCACAUUUACAAACCUUUCAAUUUGUUCACGAUACCAUAUCAGCAAAUAUCCUGAUAAAUGUUACGUAUAACUGGAAACUUUAUGAUUCAUUUUCAAAUUUGUAAAUUUUUGUAGCGUCUCUAGACAGAACAUUUUAUAUACAUCAUUAAUUUACGCUUUCGUGAGGCAAUCUUUUUUCUAAAGAAAGUCCAGCUCAAACUGUUUUCGGCUUAAACGAUUUGAGGACGGGGAGAAGAGGAGUUGUCUGUUGGAUCACGUGAUUGAGCUAUUUUCUCGCUGCUGUUUCAAUAAAAUCGAUCUUGAAGUACAUGUUAGUUAUGAAAGUUGAAUUACCUUGAUAUUUUGUUUUAAAGAUAGAUUGGUGUUGUUAAGGGUAUAAUCAAUUGAUAACAGCAAUAGAAGUUUGAUACGGAAUGUAAGCAAUACUGAUUCUUGACAGUGUUUUUAAUUUUUUAUUCUUUUUAUUUUACGACGUUUGUAAUUGAUUGAUACUUGCUAAAGAUUGGCUGAAAUAUGCCUUUCUUUUCAAUUUAAGUUUUGAACUUGAUGAAUUACAGACUAAUGAUACUUUUUUAUCAUUAUUGUACAUAAAUAUUUCAUUACUAGCACAAAUUCAUCUACAAAUAGUCCCGAGAACCAUGUAUUUACAUCCCCUUAGAUUGUCUUUUUCGCAUGCAGUUCUGAAUUUUUCUAUGAAAUUCUAACCUGUCAUAUAAAUUUGUCACAUGUAUUUACAAUAAAUUUAUCAUGUUACGUUUGAGCUGUUACAUUUUUAGUGGCAUUUAUAGUGACAUUCUGUAUCAUUAUCUUCCUGAUUGCUAUGGAAACAUUUCGGCUAAAACGAAUUAUUAUUUUUAUUAGUUCAUUUUCAGUUUGUUUCUUAUGUGAUCACUUGUGUAAAACAUAAACAAUUUAUUGUCUUAAAUAAAAAUUUCCUUUAGAUAUUGACAAGGUUUGCUUGCAUUAAAUAUUACUCAUCAAGUUUAGAAGUUAAAAAGUUUUGCAUACAGUGUCAACGUUUAUUUUGCAUUAUAGAAUCCAAUUGUAGACACAUCAGUUGUUUGUUACAUAUUCUUAAUUUAGUAACUACAUUUUAAGUCUAAUAAAAACGAGCAUUGAAUUCCAUUCCACUCGAAAUAUGUCAGUACAGUGAUACUGUAAAAAAGGUACACGUAUGUAAAAGAAUGUAAAAAUAUGAUAUAUUGAGAAUUAGUGAAGAUAAAACAAUGCGACUAAUAAAAAUAAGAUUAUAUUAAUAAAACGCUUAAAAUGAUUUGAACAUGGACAUAGCAUACUGUAAUUUGCAGAAGAGAUAAUUUUUAAAUAUUUUAACAUUUUCAGCAUAUUUUUUUCAUCAUGGAAACAGGUUUUUUUUGUUAGUGAUAUAUCAAUAUAUACAUGUAUUUUACCUGAAUAAACGAAUUAUUUUCAUACCUAUGAAGAGAUACUUUUUCGGUGUUUUUUUAAACAGAAACCGUCCAAUGAAUGUAUAUAUUUUUUCUUAAUACUUAACUAUGUUAUGUUGUUAUUUCAUUUUUCAUGUCAAUCUGUGAUACAUAUUUUUCUUAAUAAAGUUUUAGAUCUA